UCUGUUUUUGACGUCUGCUUCACAAUACAGUAGUAUAUUAACAUUAUGGCGAAAACACCUGCCGGUUCGUCUGCCAUUUUUAGGGCGGGCUUUUUAGUACUAACAUUGGCGUUUAUAUUACUAAUAGUCGGUUUUGUUACUCCGAAUUGGACAGAAAUUACGGCUGGAGACCUAUUGAUACUUAGAUCAGGAUUAUGGAAAUCGUGUACGGAUGUACUUGGUGCAGGCGAGAAUUGCGGUGAAAGCAAAUACGAAGAUGAAGGCUGGUUUUUAGCUGUGAAGACGUUCGGAGCACUGGGACUGGGAUGUUUAAGUUUAGCUCUCAUCAUGUCUUUUGUGCUACUUGUUGCGGUGUCUAAUGAACGUUUGGCAAGGGUGAAUGUUUACACUGGAACUUUUGCAGCCAUAUUCAUUGUAACUAGUACGGCGACAUAUACAUUUAAGUCAGAACUUGACCAGCUCGGGUACUCCUGUUGGAUGUCAUGGUUGUCUUCAGGGCUUCUUAUAGUCGCUAUCAUAAUCCUAGAAUGUGCUCGUAAAAAGGCUAACCGUAGACAAAUGACAUUAAACCACGCAGCAGAAGUUGUUUCCGAGGAGGAUAAGUCAAGUGACCAAAGUAUUCAAAUGGAAGAUUUAACGCCUAAGACUGCAACAGCCAUACAGCCGCUUGUGGUACAUCAGACUUAAUAAUCAGAUCAUAAUUAUUGGAGUAAACAAAAGACUUAAUGUUACUUUUCCAUGUUAAGAAACGAGGAGAGAAAUGAUCUUGAACAUCGGAUGUAUAUUUUUAUUGUUAUGAAAAAUGCUUAUGAGAGGAGCCCCCCAAAAAAACUAAACAAAACUUUGCUCAACCGAUUCUGUGUUGUUUCGAUUUACAUCUACUAAAAAACUGUUCAUUCAUAUGAAUUAUAUUGAAACUGAUGAUAUACCUUGGCGCCAGGAAAGUCGAUAAUGUUGAGUGUUCGAGGGCUGUAUAAUAUGUUCGUAGACUACGAUUAUAUUAUUCUAAUAUAUUUAAUAGGAACUUUUCUAUAAUAACGAAGCUGCAAACUUAACUAACAAAAUAUUGUCUGGAAAAAUAUUUACCAUAGUAACAAUGAUCAUAUCGGAAGCAACACGUCGUCAUCCGGAUCACACAGAUUUUUAACAUAAUAAUUUUUCAUUUCUGUAAAAGAACGAACUAUUUAGCGUUAACAUAAAAAGAGCGAGAAAAAGCUAUGGUCUUAAGCUUAGCGUUGACGUCAUCAACAUUUUAAUGUUAUAUUACUUGAAUGCAGAAACAGUAACAAGCGGUAGUAAAGGCAUGACGUCAAGAAAUUAUUUGCAAAUACGCGCAUACAUUACAUUUUGUACCAAUCUUGGUCAGGUUUGAAUCUUACACGUGUCAUUUUACAACGCGCCCGCACACACAAGGCCAAUCCAACAAUACUGGAGAUCAGUGGUCUAGUAUUUGUAACUAUAGCUCGCCUUCUUUAUACCCAGACCUAGACCCGAUGGACCUCCGCUUCUUCUGGAACUGCGAUUUGAUUCAGUCGAUGACGUCAAUGUAUUGUUGCUUCAUUUCAUGAGUGUUGGUACAUUCUUAUACUUAUAGGAAACAUUCUAUAAGUGAAUCUCCAGGCAUGAAACGUCUGUCCGUUUGACUUGGAUUACAUCGAAAGCUAUUCGUUGCUUUUAUAAAAUGACGUUAUAUUGACGUUUUUUAUGACGUCAUGCUCCGGGCUUCGUUAAUGUAUUGUGUUUACAUUACUUUUAUUUGUAAAAUGUUUGAUGUAUUUAUAAUUUCUUGUUGUUCUUUUUUGUACUGUGAAACAAAUAAACUUUAUUUUGUAUGUAUAUAAAUUUUAAUACUAUA